UCGCAGAAUCCGCCAUUCCCGAAUCGGACGCUAGUUUCUGUCCCAUGUGACGUGGCAGUCAGCUGGCUGGCGGGAGACCUCACCUGUGUGCUGCGGUGUGUCGGAACUGUGUCAGGUAAGAAAGAACCAAACAUCAGAGUUCCAGUAUCCUCUCUGUAGAUCCAGAAGUAAAGAUGCCCGGGAAGCAGGUGUUGGUGACAGGAGGUGCGGGGUACAUCGGCAGCCACACGGUGGUGGAGAUGGUCACUGCAGGGUUCUCACCUGUCGUGUUGGACAACCUGUCCAACGCAUGUCCAGAGAGUUUGAAAAGGGUAGAAGCCAUAACAGGGACAAGCAUUCCAUUCUACAGUGCAGACCUCCUGGACAAACCUGCUUUACAGGCCAUCUUUGAUAAGCAUGACAUUGAGGCUGUAGUGCACUUUGCAGGAUUGAAGGCUGUGGGAGAAUCUGUCGCUAAACCGCUCAGCUACUACAAGGUCAACGUUGGUGGAACCACUAACCUUUUAGAGGUGAUGCUGGAGAAAGGGGUGUACAACUUCGUGUUUUCCAGCUCAGCUACAGUCUACGGAGAACCACAGUUCCUGCCCAUCACAGAGAGUCACCCAGCUGGAGCAUGCAUCAACCCCUACGGGAGGACCAAGUAUGUUAUUGAGGAGAUUCUGAAGGACUUGUCCAUCGCUGAAAAGAACUUGAGGGUUGUCCUGCUGAGGUACUUUAACCCCAUUGGAGCUCACAAGUCUGGUACUAUCGGGGAGGAUCCAUCUGGCAUUCCCAACAACCUGCUGCCAUAUGUAUCACAGGUAGCAGUGGGGCGUCGAUCUGAGUUGAGUGUUUAUGGGUCUGACUAUGACACGGUGGAUGGCACAGGUGUGAGAGAUUAUGUCCAUGUGGUGGACCUGGCACUGGGGCACAUCGCUGCUCUUAAGAAACUUGAGGACAUCUCGGGAUGCAAGGUCUACAAUCUGGGGACUGGCACAGGAUACUCAGUGUUGCAGGUGGUGGAGGCAUUUGAGAAAGCAAGCGGGAAAAAAGUUCCAUACAAGAUUGUAGACCGGCGUGCGGGAGACUCAGCCUCCGUGUACGCAGACCCCUCGCUGGCAGAGAAGGAGCUGGGCUGGAAGGCAGAGCGCGGUCUCACAGAAAUGUGUGAAGACUGCUGGAGGUGGCAGUCCCAGAAUCCUCAGGGCUUCAAGAAGGACUAGUGAGUGACAAGUGACCAUCUUCCACAUUCCAGCAACUGAUUUCAAGAGAUUAAGAUCAGUGUGAUUGAGUAUUUAAUGAAUGUAUGGGGAUUUAUGGGAACAUUCUUUCUAGAUAUUGCCUUGACUGGUGUAACAAAACCCUUGUUGCCUUUUCAUGCUACCAACUUAAUUGUUUUUAUCAAGUUGUUCAGGUGUAUGAUGGCCUUCCCCCUUACCAUUUUCUGUCCAUUUAAAAAGGCAUUAUUGAUAGAUUCGCUUUCUCUGCCAAUCUAACUCAGGAAACAAAUAUGAUCUUUAGUCUGUAAUGAUUUACCUCACCCUUUAAUGAUAGAUACUGUCAUGAGCCUUCCAAUGAUACUUAAUAUUUGUUAGAAUUAAAGAUUAACUUGAUAAGGCAAAAGCAGAUUUCUAUUGUGUCAAAUGCAACUAAUGUAACUAGAAAUACUGAAAAUAAGUGGAGAAUGCAAAUAUAUUCAAACUGAAUAGUUUAUUGAGUAAACUAUGUAAUCCUUGGGUGGCUUUCUCAGUCAGAUCUGCAAUGUUACUUGCGUUAAACAAGGGACCAAUCUGGAUAUGCAUGACAAAGGCAAUUCCCUUAUUGUUGCACAUGAUACUACAUGGAUAUUUUUAGGUUGAAACUUGUGCAAUUGAUCGUACUGGAUUGUGAAGAUUUGAAUUGAGAAUUGUGCAGUGUAUGUGCUCCUGAAAUUACCACAGUGCCUUCUAAAAGCAUUGAAUAGAACUUUAUCUAGUACUAUGCAAUAUGUUAGGACAUUUUCUAACAACAUUUUAGAGCGUCUCUGAGAAAGAUGUAUCUUUUAAGCUAAAUCAAAUGCAGGUCACUAAAGCCAAGUUGUUGGCUUGAUACUUACUGUAAAUGCAGAAAAUUUCGCGGUGGUUUAAUGUUCGCAGAUUUUGCGGUGGCCGCUUCACAUCAAACUUAAAACCACCGCAAACAUUUUUCCAUGGCAGUAAGAAACUACUUUGCAUGGUGAUACCGCGAACUUAAAACCACCGCGAAAAGUCCUUUUUCCUGCUACCGUGAAAUUAAAUCCCGGCAAACUUAAAUGCAUUUACAGUAUGUAGUAACACGGCAAAGAUCAGACAUGAAAGCAAGUUUUCCUCUGAUGACUGACCAUUUAUUUUCCAUUCCAUUCUGUAGAACGUUUGGGUCACAUGGUGCAGAAAUAAGAUUUGGUGAUGUUGUUAACAAAGCCUUUAGGCACUUUCUACUUCACUUUGUGUGGGCAUAGGUAUGACAAGUUUGACAAGCUGCACACAAUGUGCAGUGUGUGCUGAUAUAUAACUACUUUUUAUCAGGUGAUUCAAAUAAAUGCAGAAGUAGCAGUGCUACUCUUUCUUAUAUCAUAACGGUGUCAUUUAUGCAUAGUCAAAUUCCUUAUAAAAAUGAGCUUAGUGUUAUUUUAGCAAUAAAAUGCACAUAGAAA